AUGACUGUGGCUCAGUUCCGCAAUGCGGUGGUGCCCGUGGUGGUGCGCCACGCGCAGCGCUAUCCGAACAACGGCGUUGUCAUCUUCAACGAGCUGACUUCACUGGAGCCUAACAAGGUCCGCGUGUUAUUACCGCUGCUAGGCCGGGGCACCAACUUCCCAGAGUACCCCAGCGUUAGCAUAGCUCCGCUGCUGGUUAUCUUAACAACAGAUUUUGGCCGCGAAGGUCGCACACGUGGCAAGAGUCUCCUCGAGAUGCGUGCCUUCAUCACUGACGAGUUCACGGAGCUGUAUAGCAAGGAGGCCGCCUCGCAUGUUCGCACCUUCCCGUUCCUGCCUAUCUCCCUCAGUACCGCAGGCGACAUCGUGCGUGUUGUCGUGAGGGAAAUCGGUUGCAGCGCACCCCAGCCGCUCUGCCUCACCAUUAACGAUUCUGCCGUUCUGUGGUUAGUAGAAAAGACAAAAAUGCUCUUACCAGCCGAGAACGGUCGCGCGGUGGCUUUCGAAACCAAGCUGCAGGUGGAGGCACUUCUUGAAGAGGUGAUGGCUAACAACGCCCUCGAAGGCGGCACCAUCACCACUGAUGAGAUUUACAUGGAUGUUGCUGAGACCUGCUCGUACAGGCGGUGCACUAUAUUGCUCGAGGGUGACGGAACGCUCGCGAUUGCGUGUCAAGGCACAGGCACACACACCCGCGUGUCAUCGGGCUGA